AUGAGGUCGUGUUCUCGUCAACUUAGUUUUUGUAUCAUAAUCGUCACAAUAUUCAUUUGUAUCGUAGAAUUAUCUAAAUGGUCUUCAUGUGGAUUAGACCAAACACCCAAGCCCUCUCACGAUUUCUGUUUAGAUGGAUUUUUAGAAAGCACUAGAGCAGGAGCUAAUGUUGGUGAUGUUAUGUUUGAGUUGAUGUCUUUCAUAUCUUUGGCAUACGAUACUAAUAGAGCACCUGUAAUGACAGAUGUAGCUACCAAAGAAGGAGUUGAAAAGAUAUUAAAAGUAUAUCCUGAGAUUAGUCGAUAUCUUUUUAAUGCUCAUAACGCAAGCUACUGUUCUUGUCCCAAUUUGGUUAUUGUCCAAAAUAAAAAAUGUUGUAGUCAUGAUUCAAGUUUAGAUCAAUACAUAAGUAAACAACGAGAAACUACAAUUCAAGUUAAGUUUUCCAACUCAAAGAGUUAUAAAUACUUUGAUUCGUUUCCAAAAGAAUUGUUGAACAUCUUUUUCACCUCAACUGCCACCGUAGGAUUCCAUGCGGGUCAUCAACUUUUCAAAGAAACUAAAGACUCGCGAUAUUUCAGAAGAAAUCUAUGCGUUCAUGUCCAUCGAUCACACAACAAGAAAAUACUGAAUAAUGCUUACAGCAAAGCUGACUUCACUAUUGCAGCACUGUCUCAUAUGAUUUCAUUAGAAUCAUUUGAAAGUAAAGUUGAUAUCUAUGUCAUGACAAAUGAUCUUCCUUGGGCUCAAAUGCUUUUUACCAACUUCAAGAGGACUUAUAUAGCGGAGAUUGAUGAAAGAGAUAGACCAACAGUUGGUUGGGAGUUCAGUCGUCGUUUCUGCGACAAAGUCCUCUUAACGUCAACAAUGUCAAGUUAUGGCUGGUGGUUGGCUUAUCUAUCACGUGGUCAAAUGGCUUUCUACGAUGGUGAUUCGACAACCUAUGAAGCAUUUCACUCACAGAUAACGCCUAGUCAUUACUGGUUACCAAAAUGGAUGGCUUUAAAGUACUUACCAUCAAAUAAACAAGUGAUUCCCAUCGUUCUACAAGAUGUCUGA